AUGCUUUCAUGGGACGAGAUCGGUGUUCUGGUCCACACCGGUGAGCUGCAGCUCCUGCUGCGCACCCCAGCUGUCACUGACCAGUAUCGUCGCUACAAGUUGUCCCUGGCAGAUCGCGGUUUGACCGUGGUCGAAGCCGUGGUGCUCGAGAAGCUGCACUGGGACAGCGUUUCGCUGUCCCAGCUGGCUCAGCACUGGCCCACGGCGUCCCUGCAGCUCCAGGCCAUGCUGAGCCGUCGCGAGCUGUUCAAGUUGCUGAAAAACGACUUCCCCUACGAUUUCCCAGCCUCCGUGCACCAUCUGGUGCUGUGGAGCAAAGUGCGUAUCCCGCUCUACGUCGAUGGUGGUGGUAGUGGUGGCGGUAGCUCGUCGUGCGAAAAAGUGCGGCCUGUAGAAGCCAAGAUCCAGCGGUUUCUGGACGUCAAUCUUGCCCGUCACAACGUUCACGAUUUCGUGUGGUUCGUCAACUACCCGCAUCUACAAAGCGUCACCGCGGUCUCGCACAUCCACGUCCUGGUCAACACUUCGAGACCGCACAGAAUCGCCCAGAUCUUGAAGCAAGGGUUCCAGCCAAUCGAGAACUGA